GCGACCCUUGUGAGGCCGAUGCAUGUGAAUGUCUGGGAGCUCCUUGGUAGAAGUAAUUGUACAUUUCAGAAAAUGUUUACAGCGCAAGAGCCUAGUUUAUAGCCCUAUUUAUGCAUUUUGUAAAUUGGUAUCCUCUUAUACGUACCACGCGACUGACAUUCCAGGAAACACCGGGAAAAGGAGACACAUUUCAGAGCAUUGUGGAAUCAAAUCGGUCAGAACCUGUUGGUUGUAUACCGAUACUAAAGUCACGAAAGGAAAAGGUUUGCAUUUUAUGUUGGACUUAAAUAAUGUCAUAAUAUCAGCACGCUUUGUAAAUAAAGCUGGCUUAUCCAGCAAUAUUAAUAGCGUUGUCAUUGACUCGUACGCGAUGGAACCACAAGAGAUUAACAUUGCACCAACUACAGAGAGAAACAGUAUUGAUACAGCCGAUGGCAGUAUGGACAAAGAUGUGAAAGAAACAGGCGAAAAACGUAAAUAUGAAAACUCCGACAACCAUGAGAAAACCGGUCGCAAAAAGCGAAGAGGAAAAGCAGGAAAACAGCUCCGUCCUGGGGAGAGAUAUGUACCUCCUCCUCAAAAACGCAACCCAGGCGUCAGUUUCUGUCAGGAACAUUUUGACGAGACUUCGUAUUAUUUUGAUGGAGGUCUUCGGAAGGUUCAACCCUAUUUUUACGAUUUCAAAACUUACUGCAAAGGACGUUGGAUUGGCAAGACACUGCUGGAGGUUUUCAGCAGUGAGUUCAGAUCUGAACCCUUGGCAUAUUAUCACAAGGCAGUGAAAGAGGGGCGGAUUCGUCUUAAUGACACACCUGUUGAUAACCUGAAUAUAAUACUCAAGAACAAUGACUUGAUGCGGAACACAGUCCAUCGCCACGAGCCACCUGUGGUCGGUGGUCCUAUUGAGAUCAUUGAACAGAACGAUGACGUGGUCGUGGUGGACAAACCUGCCUCGCUGCCGGUGCACCCCUGUGGACGAUAUCGGCACAACACGGUCAUCUUCAUCUUGGGGAAGGAGCGAGGUCUCUCUGAACUUCACACUGUCCACCGUCUGGAUCGCCUCACAUCUGGGGUGCUGCUUUUUGCCCGCACUCUGGAGAGUUCGAAAAAGCUGGAUCAGAUGGUGCGAGACAGAGAGCUGGAGAAGGAGUAUGUCUGUCGAGUGGAGGGAGAAUUCCCAGAGGAUGAGCUGGUGUGUGAGGAACCCAUACUCGUCGUCUCCUUCAAGGUUGGCAUCUGUCGCGUGGACCCCAAGGGCAAAGCCAGCCGCACAGUCUUUCAGAGGCUGAGUUGGAACGGCCACUCUAGUGUGGUCCGCUGCAGGCCUGUCACUGGACGCACUCACCAAAUCCGUGUCCAUUUGCAGUUCCUGGGGUACCCUAUUCUGAAUGACCCUGUCUACGGGUCCUCGGCCUGGGGCCCCAGCCGGGCCAAAGGUGGGCUGGUGGGUAUGACGGAUGAGGAACUCUUAGAAGCCCUUGUUGAGGAACAUCGCUCAAAGGAGAGCCUUCACUUGCUGGACAUACCCGACGAGGACCUUGGUCUAAAGAGUGGAGGAAAACCUGAAUUGGUAGAAGGUGCCGCCCAGGUGAACACCUGCUGUGAGACUAACGAAGAUGGACCUUCUGAUGUGCCAGAUGUGCCGGUAGAUACGUGCCAGUCAGGUGACAAUGGCCAUAACGUGAAAGUGGCAGAAGUUGCUGCCAGAACAGCGAAUGUCGCUGAAGGGAAAACGGUCAUUGAGAGUGCCACAUUGGGGGACGUAACAUCUGGCUCAAAUGUUGCGAUAGAUCCUUUGUGCCAAGAGUGUACGAUUGUGCGACCUGAUCCCACAGAAAAGGAACUUGUCAUGUACCUCCAUGCCCUGAGAUACAAAGGACCAGACUUUGAUUACUCUACACUUAUGCCUGACUGGGCCAAAGAAGACUGGGUUGAGGAUUAAUGAUGAACCACCUUCACCUCUUGAACUAUUGUUUUGAAUAUAACGAUAUUGAAGUAUACAUUUACUUUUUAGUAUUCUAGUGAGUUAGCCCCAAAAUUUGACAUUUUCCUCAGUACCAAAAUUCUAUGAUUGUAUUGCUCUGUUAUGAGAUGUGUCAGAGCUUAGUGAUGUUUGGAAAGUUUUAUUUUUCAGUUCUACCAAAUGAGCUUGAGCUUAAAGCGUUUAUGUAUAGAGACAUUGGCAGUUUUUUUUAUCAACUUGGUGGGCAUUAUUAUGGUAAAUAAAAACAUACAGACUUUU